ACUCCUGUAAAAACCCAUCCUCCUAUGCCUUGGCCCCUCCGCCACCGUCUCCUCCGUCAUCUCAUUUCUACAUCUCUGCUCGGAAAUUCAGAGGUUAUAUAUCUGCUAAAUUGGAAACAUAUGCAUAGAUUGUUGGUUUAUACUGAAUGGAAAAGAAGCAGCAUAUUGCCAUUUUUACUACAGCAAGUCUUCCAUGGAUGACCGGAACUGCUGUCAACCCUUUGUUUCGUGCUGCUUAUCUUGCAAAAGAUGGGGAGAGAAAGGUCAAGUUGGUCAUACCUUGGUUAUCUCUGAAAGAUCAAAGAUUACUAUAUCCUAACAACACUACAUUCAGUUCACCUUCAGAGCAUGAGGAAUAUAUUCGUAAAUGGCUUGAAGAGAGGAUUUCAUUUACAU